AUGAUGGAAAGUGGCGAUAAAUAUUCUAUGUCUAAGAUACAUGAUACUCGAAUAAGCGAAUCUCUUACACAGAUGAAUUCUCAUGAAGAUAAUCCAUCACAUAAUAUAUUACUUACAAAAUUAAAUAUUCCAUUAAAUUGUCUAGAUAAUUAUCAAAUUCGACAACAUUAUCUCGAAGAAUAUUCAGCUAAAUAUUCGAAAGCAAAGCAUUUAUUAAAUAAUGCUCGGAAAAAACAACGAAAAAUUAUUAUGACGUAUUAUGAAGCAAAAGAAAAAGAAAAUAAUAUUGAUGAAUUACAAGCAAUUAAAGAAUCAUUGCUUGAAGAAAAUGAAAAAAUAAAAAAAUUCAAAGAAGCUUUAAAAGACAAACUUAUUAUUUAUCAACAACGUAUACAAUUUCUUAAAGACUCUAAAUUUUCGUCAACAUUUGAAAUUCAGCAAUUACAAAACAAUAUAAAUGAAACAAUUGAAAAUUGUACUGAAAAUUCUCCUGAAUUAUCUACAACCAAAGAUAGUCUUCAUCUAUUACAUGAUUUUGAACAAAUAAACUAUUCAGUUAAUCUUCUUGAUGAUUUAUGUCUAACUACUAAUACUGAUCAAUAUUAUACUAAAAUAAAAUCACAUGAAGAUAAUGUUUUUCUAAUAAAUAAUGAUGAUGACGAUAAAUUUAAUCAUCAUUUUGAUAAUAAUGAAAGUAAUAUUAUCGCACAUCUAACAGAUAAUCAUAAUCUCAAUGGCAUCAUUGUGAAACAUGCGCGACAAUCACAUACUAAAUUGAUGCCCGAUAUUGAUGAGAAUCUUGUUAGUUCAAUAUCAAAGAAAAGAACAAAACAUUAUUUUCAAUGGUUAAAAAACAAUUGUCAAUUUAUUUUUAUGUUCACAUCAAAUGAUCAAUUCGAUCGUUUUAAAAUUAUGAGUAUGAUUCUAACGUUUAGUCUUGUUAUAUUUAUUGUUAUAUUUCUUAAUAAUUUACUUGAAUAUUUUCUGAUAUAUCUAACAAAACCAUCCAUAUCGAUUACAACAUUAUCUCCUACAAGUUCCAUACCGAUAUCAUCAUUUACAUAUUUAUUAAACAAUAUUUAUAAAUGGACAAUUUCAUGGUUACUACCAUUUUUUCGUUUAUUCGAAUUUUCUGUUUAG